AUGCCGGACACUGAGCGAACUUCUGAAUGCUCCAGACACUGGUUUGCCGCUGCUGCCUCAGGCGAUUGUGACUAUAUUCAGCAGAACAUAGAGAAGUUUAGUGGUGUGCGCAAUGAAUCUGGAGCCACGGCUUUAAUGAAGGCUGCUAGCAACAACGAUGCACGGAUUGUUGAGCUUCUAUUGUCAUCAGAAGCUGCGCUUCAGGAUCAGCAAGGGAUGAGUGCUCUAAUGUUUGCAGCGCGCAACGGGGCCUUGGAAGCUCUUACACUACUAAUUGAAAAGGAAGGUAGAAUAACAGAUGCACCCGGAUACACGGCCCUUAUGCAUGCGGUUUCACGAGGCUGUGUGUCAUCUGUGAAAGCCCUGAUUCCUUACGAAGCAGGAUUGACGCGGCCCCACGGCUGGACCGCACUGAUGGACGCAGCCAGUCGCAAUCUCAGUGAUAUCGUAUUCCUGCUACUAGACCACGAAGCUAAGCGUUCAAACGAAUUUGGGGUCACCGCCCUUAUGCUUGCUGCUAUGUCUGGGGCCACUCACUGCAUUGAGCUCUUACUCCCCCAGGAGGUCCGGAUGAAGGACAGCCUGGGCUGCUCUGCCCUAGUCUAUGCCAUAAAGGCAGAGCACAUUCCGUCUAUCCUCCUGCUUCUCCCAGAAGAGCACGCUGUGCGUGAUAGCGAAGGAAAGUUCCCCACCGAUUACGCCAAUUGUGACAGCAACAUUGUUUUCUUUAUCAGAGAGUAUGAUUGGCGUCGCACAAAGCCCUCUCGCGCCGUAUUUCUGCGGUUUGUCUCCGCGUCACAUGCACUUCUUUCACGCCAGGGCGCAAUUCCAGCUGAGGCGGAGGUUAUGGACGCUCUUCUGGGCUUCCUGGCCGGCGACGCCUCGCUGGGAGGGACUACGUCCGAUAUUGUGAGUGGGAUGAGCGAGAUCGCGACGCACCUCUACCUCCCUGCAGGGGUGCUGUGCGGCGUGUGCGGACGCGAACGCUUUGAGUACGUUGCACUCCCGUGCAGGCACGUGACGGUCUGCGGGUCGUGCCGGGCUCUAGGGCCUUCGUGUCCCGUGUGCUCCGAGCAGCCCAUUUCGUACCUGGGGCUCAUGUGGCCGGAUGAGUGA